AUGCCCGCUCCACGCCACGCUCAUAACGCGGCGACGCCCACGACGACGGCCCAACGACUGGGACCUUUUGAGGUGGAUUAUCUUUGGGUAGUGGAGCUGGAAUGGAGCAUUGGAUCCAUCUGGAUUACUACGCAGUGGGUAACCGUGCCUUAUGUAAGUGGACAGUACUUUGUGUCAAGUAUCUAUCAGAAUAUGGACUCGUUGUUAGGUUGUCUGCCAUUGGGUUCUUUCCGCGUCGUCGUCACUUCUCUCGCCGUCUUUUUUCCGGCACUACACCCCGAGGUAUUCUUCGGAGAAACUUGGAAUGAGGCAUGCUUGGUCAGCGGCUAUGGCAACGGCAGCAGUAACGGCAACGGCAGAGGCGGCGGCGGCAGCCACAUCAUUUCAUCUCUUCCCGCCAAAACCUCAUUUGUCUUUUCCCGAGAGCUGAUACUGGUAUGGGGAGCGGCAGCAAGGCAUAACAACAUGGGGGAAACCUACCUUACCUUACGCAGUAGUCUACAUAAGAUACAUUUAGCCCUUGCUCUGCCGUGCAUCGACUGCAUUAAAACCCGCCCACUACCACACUGCGUCCACUCUGCAUCCAGUACUAUCCGAGCGCCACGUCUACUUGACGUCUCUCACUCUGCCCCUCUAAAACUGGGUAGCAUUCGAGCAACACAGUGGACCUGGGAGGCGAAUUGGGAAAAGAUGCUGCUUGCUGAUUGGAAUAAGAGAAGGUCAAAAGUCGUAUCACGGGGUCGUGAAAGAGAGCUGGCAAUGCGCCUCGUCCGUGUUGCUGCUCCAUUCCGUUUUAUCGUGCCAAGUACCUACCAUAGCCUCAAGAUACAGGUGGUCCCCAAAGCCCCAAACGUCUUCAGCCGUGCCUGCCGUCAUCCAAUCCGCAGCCCUCUAAUUCCGUCCCCAGGCGACCCCUUCCUUCCUUCCUUCCUUCCUCCGAGUUUCCAUUGUCCCCGUGACUUCCUCUCCUGUCCAUACGGCAAUACGCAGUACGUACCAUUCUGGAUGUCUCCAAUAUCCCAUGUCGAAUUUCUCUUUCUCUUGCGCACCAGUCUUUUCCUCUCUGCCUCGUCAGCCCUGUCUAGCAUCAUUGGUGACCCUGCUCUCCAAGACGACGACGACGACAACCAUCACGUCAGCAUUCGUCUGUCCCUGGCUCAAGCUUAUACCCUCGUGGCCGACGCUGAUGUCAAUCAACUUGGAGCAUGUUGGGCUGUUCUCGCUUCGCUUGUCAUCUUCUUGCGCCCGUCGUCUUGUCCGUGCCUCUUCCCCCGGUCAUUUGAGGCCACCGAGGGAGCAUUCAUCAUCUUGUCCCAUGGCACAGCCCGACUUCAAACAUACACAACCAAGUUCAACUUCACUUGGGCACCGACUACGUCAAAGAGAUGGAUUCCUUACGAUACCUCGUCUCAGAAACUCCGUCACUCGACGAAUGCAUGCCAGCACUUAUCCGUCAGCAUCUGGUUCUCGGAGCCGACCCCGACGGACCUCGUCGAUCAUCCCCCAAUCUCUGCGCUCACGCCUCCCUGGCAACAAGGCCAUACCCCUGCUGCGCCGAUAAAUGUUCCCCAAAUUACAUCAGUCGCUGGCAAAAGCGUCCUGUUGCCGACUAAUGGCUGCUCGUCUUGUCCUCGUCUGCCAGCCACCGCCCCAUUCAUCGCUCGCAAUUACUCCAGCUCAAUAGUUGUCCUCUCCCACCCCGCUGUGGCCAGCCCCUCCAAUACCACAGGAAACAAUGCUCACGGCGUGGAGCAGCACCGCAAGUCCUCCCAGAUAGAAGCGGAAUCCCAUCGUGCUGCGCACGGUGAGGAGCUCCAGUCUCCAGAUUCCAGUCACUCAGCGAGAUUAUUCUCCUCGGAUAUACCUAUCUUCUCCAAGAGGCAUGUAUGUACCUCCAUACGACAGGCAUCAUCUCCCAGCGUGUCACUGCGACAAGCCAUCAACACAGGGGGUUGUCACUCGCACCAUCAUCCCGACAAACUCACCGCGUCUUUUCCCGCCAUAUUGCCUCGGUCGCCCAACCAUGCUCCGAUCAAGCUUCCCCAUGCUCGCUUUUGUCGACCGGCCAAGGACCUCGGUGCGUCCAGCAGCCUAAUUGCACGUCCCUUUCCGACACGCGACUGCUUCACCGACCUUCCCUUAUUGUUCCUCACAGACCAGCGACCCAACGUUGCCCAAACUCAGCAGGGUAUAUGCCUUCUUGCCGUGGCCAUCGUGAUCAUUGUUGAUUAUGUUCUGAAAGAGACCAUCUACUAUGGAAACACGUCGUCUACAAUACCCGCCUGGUACACGUACUGGUCUCGAGUAGCACCGCCACGGCGAUGUGUCGGGACCCCUACGGAUAGAGGCGCCGCCUCCCAUGCGCCACUGCGUCUCCUACGGGAACUCGGCGUAGAUGUCCUAGUCGCCAUGUGUUCGCUUGAAAUUUUGACUGCCAGCACUUUAUCGUUGAACAGCGUCAUAACCAUGUAUCGCAUUCUAAGUCGCACCCGUCGCGCACCUAUUCUUGUUAGCCUCAAACCACGCCUCCAACUGCGACGCGAGGCGCAAAUCGAACCGAGCGUCUCCCAUACGACAGGUUCAUUGCUUGUGGUUACUCCCAGCCAAGCGAAACGGUCUACCUGCGCCAAUCAAGGGCCCGCUGAUCAGGUCGCGAUGCUGGAUACACCUUCCACAAUAGGCACUCGAUCAUGCAUCCCGGAGAUGUCCCGCGUGAUGCUCAUGAUCCUCACCUUUACUGAGGCACUGCUUGUAUAUCCUCGACAAUCGGGCAAACAAGUUCUCUCAGGGCUGUCUAUCUCAGGGGCCGCUUCAAAGUUCAGCCCAAUUCCCAGGCUCCUGGGCCACUCGCUGCCCAGCAGGUCGCAAGCGCACGGGUCACCGGGGGUCCAAGCCUCACCUUGGCUUCUCGACUGGGUUAUGCUAUGGUCCUGCUGCCUGGUUUGCUUCUAUCAUCUCCCGGACAAGCCGCAGAUGUCAAGCGGGAACCGGAAGCAUUCACGCGGCGAAGCGGGCGUUCUCGCGCAAAGUCUAGCUGCAACCUGCCUCACCGAUAUCCAACUCCACGACCGCGAAGCUACACUACAAACUUUCUUGAUCAAUAAGGCCGUGCCCGGCAAAGAGGCAGCGGUGUGUCCAGCGCCGGGGACACCCAGCGGAACGGUUCCCCGUAUUCACCAUCCCAGUGACAUCAGCCGUGAAGCGGUCUUCUCCCGUUCGGGCUUUUGUCAAUUUGCGAGCGUUGCUGUCGUUGGCUAUAUCUCACCGAAAAGAGCCGGCGAAUCUACUCGGAAUUCCCGCAAAUUGGGAUAG